UAUUAUAGAUUUUACUAUUUUCUUACUAAUAUUUAAUAUAUAUUUGAUAUAUAUUAAAUCAAUUUGUAUAAAACUAAUAAAAAUGAUAUAAAAUUAUAUAAUUAUCAAAAAUUUAGCCUAAACAAUAUUUAUAAAAUUUGUAGGUAUAUAAAAAACUAAUGAUCUUACGAUUAGAUAUUUAAAAUUUUAAAAAAUUGUAGGAGCUAUCGCUUGUCGUCUGGAGAAGAAAGAAGGCGGGGCCAUGCGAGUUUAUAUAAUGACACUUGGUGUUCUUGCACCAUACCGCGGCAUUGGCAUUGGCUCAAAGCUGUUGUUGAAUCAUGUUCUUGACAUGUGCUCCAAGCAAAACGUGUCUGAGAUAUACUUGCAUGUUCAGACGAACAACGAAGAUGCGAUCAACUUCUACAAGAAGUUUGGGUUUGACAUCACAGAUACCAUUCCAGACUAUUACAUCAACAUCGAGCCUAGAGACGUCUAUGUUGUCACCAAGUCCUUUGCUCAAAUCUGAAGACAACAAAUGAUGACAGUAUACGUGACUUGGGGGAAGCCAUUUCUCCCCCACAGUUUGUUUGCUCAAUUUUCAAGUCUAUUCUUAACGUUACAAUGCGUCUGUUCCCUAAGUUUUGCUUGUUUUUGAUGACCUUAACUGAUGUUUCUCUGUACCUAGUGAUCUGUGACCCCCUUGGUUUUGGACCUUUUGAUUGGGGAAGUUUUGACUUUGCAACUCUUAUUUUACUUAGCUAAAUUCAACAUUCUUUCUCCGAUUCUCAUAUAAUCCAUGGAUGCAAGUGAUUUCAGGUUGUCUCGGACUUCGGGUUUUCAGGGUUAAAAAUUUCAGUCCAUUCGGAUAUUUAUUAAUUUUAAUUCGGGUUCGGAUAAUCCGAUUACAUUAUUUUUAAAAUUUAAAAUUUAUAUAUGCUUUAAAUUUCUCAAAAUCUAAAAAUAAAAAAUAUAUUACAUAUAAAUUCGAAACAAUGUAUGCCAAAAUACUUAGAGAAAUUUCCUUAGGUUGACUUUUUUUAGUUUAUUUUCACAAAAAAUAGAUUCUCAAAGAGAAUAAUGACCAAAAGAGGUUUUAUUGAAGAGUAAAUAUGCAUUUAUACCCUUAGGGUUAAUUAAUUUAAGAUUUAUGAUUUAGAGUUAAGAGAUUGAGUUUUGGGACGAAAUCAAAAAUUAAAAAAUAAAAAAUAAAUAUUAAAAUUUUCAAAAUAAAAAGAGCUAUUUUGGUCAUUUUAUUUUUGAAAGGCUAUUUUUGUGACAAAAACUUAAAAAUAGCUAUUUGAGAGGAUUUCCCAAAUACUUAAGUUUAACAUAUAAAUUGGUUUGACUUGAAUAUUUGGUUAGAGAAUCAACAUAUAUUUCAAUUAUCUUUUUUUUUUUGUGUUAUGAGUUUUAUUUAGUUAUUUUAGACAUUUACUUUGCACUAUUUGUAUAUAUUUUUAAAUAUUCAAAUAUUUUGAACAACUUCAAAUCACCUUAUUUAUUUAAUAAAUUUAAGUAUAUAAAUCAAUUUUGGAUAUAUGCGGGUACCCGAAGUAUUUCGGUUCAGGUCGAGUUCGGUUUCGGUUCUCUUGAUAUCAAAAUUUUGAACUCGUUUAGACAUCUGAUCAAUUUCGGUUCUGAUUUAAUACUACUUUUUGGAUCGGAUUCUGUUUAUUUCUUCGGAUUCAGGUUUUUUUUUUUGCAAGCCCUACACAAAAACUGGUUACAAGUACAUGCAACGUAUCUUAAAAAAAAAGGCACAUGCAGCGUGUGAAAUGUUAAAAAGAAACAAUUAAUUUGUUUUUCAAGUUCAGUAGUCUUUACAAGUUUAGAGUAAACAAAUUUGUGUUUUUGACAGAUUAUAAAAAUCUUAUAAUUUUAUUUUUCGAAAUCAGGUUUCAUACUAAUCUUGUUAAAGAUUUUCUAAAAGUUACCGAAUUAUUAUAAAUAAUUUUGUUUUUAUUUAUUUAAUAAAGAAAUUGUUUUUAAUAGAAAAGUCCCACUUUGAUCAUUGGAAAACCAAAUAUGGAGAAUGAAUUGUACGUAGACUAAGAAAUGACACAUAAUAUCAGUAAAUGAAUUAUAAAAAUUAUUUUUGAAAAAAAAAGACGAAUUAUAGCCGUUGAAUUUGUUUUAAUCUCUUUUAAAAUUUGUUAUAAAGAGCCGUUGUUGCAAGCGAAGUGAUCAUCUACUUAACUUUCUCUGCAAGCAAGGAAAAGCUAGGGUUGAUGUGACGAUCGAAAACGAUGAAAUCAUCGACGGAGAAAUCUGGAAAAAAAAGUAAUUAGUUUGCUUCGCGUCUCAUUUAAUACUUGCGGAACAAGAUUUGUGUUUCUUCUCAUGACUUUUUUUUUUUUUUUUGCAGCGGAUCGUAGUGGUGACGAGAAAGAUCGCGAGGAGAAGUGGAGGUGGUACGACCGCGGAGCGAAGAUCCACCACGCAAAAAAGUUUAGAAACGGAGCUUGUGCAAACUGUGGUGCAAUGACACACGACGCUAAAUCUUGCUUUGAAAGAGCACGGAAAGUUGGAGCUAAAUUCACAGGGAAACACAUCGCUGCUGAUGAGAAGAUCGAGAGUAUUGAGCUUGAUUAUGCUGGCAAAAGGGACCGCUGGAAUGGUUAUGACACAUCACAGUACUGCCAAGUCCAAGAGAAGAGGUUUCAAGAUAGAAAAAUGGCGAGGGUGGACUAUCUGAUCAAACAGAGUCCAGAGGAUGAGAGCGGUAAUGGUGAAGAUGUUCCAAACACCUCCUCUGCAGUUAGCUAUGAGCCAGCGUUACCUAAAAGCCGGUGGGAGGAAGACGUACUUGUUAACAAUCACACUACUGUUUGGGGAUCUUAUUGGGUUGAUCACCAAUGGGGUUACAGAUGCUGCUUGCAGACGGAGAAGGAGAGUUUCUGUACAGCUUAGUGGGUUACACGUGUUGCAUACAAGAACAGGUUCCUACUAGUACAUGGUAUAGGCAGCUAGCUAGCUAAGGAGAUCGAAUUCACUUCAGAAGGUUGAUUGUAUUAGGGAUAUUAUAUGAUAUGAUCUUUGAUUUGUUGUUGUAAUUGUCACUGAAUCAUUCAUUGAGAUGAUGAUAUUGACCCCUUGUUACAUACUCGGCCUUGUUUUUGUUUAUUAUUCAAUGCUUCAGAUUUACAAAGCGUAAAGUAACAAACUAUUUUGUCUAAUCACAACUACACUUGCAUUAAUGGAGUGGAGGUUCCUGGAGUAACAACCUGUGAAGUAGUUGCUUCUUCUUGAGAGAGCCUGAUGAAGUUGUCUUGGAUGGUUAAGAGGGAACCUCAAGUACGUUAAUGAAGCGAUCCAGUGGUUUGACAUCUUACUAAUCUCUAUACAAAUGAUGCUUGUUUCUCACAGGAGAGAUAGAAAACAAAUAGAUGCUUCAAAACGGUUCUUCACCAUCAGUGUAGGAGGUUCAAGCGUACCACCUUCGUUUGUAACUGAUGCUGCUGUUGGUAUGUCAGAGCCAACUUCCACUUAAAAAGGAUGACCCAUUAAGUUGAACGCAGCCU